AUGCGGAGCUUGGGUGCGGAACAAAUCGAUCCGCAUGAGCUCGCAUUGCUCUCAUCACCCUGCCUUUACAGCAUCAAGCUCGAUGGUUUUGCCCAUGAAGACAAUGCUUCAGGAAAUCGCUCUCCCGAGAAAGAGACUGCGUACGAUGAGGAGACUCUCUGUCAUACUGUGACCGGCCUGUCUCCACAUCUGAAGGAGAUUCAUGCACGCUAUUGUGGUGACCAAGCGUACUUUCCCGCGGAUGAACAAAGAGAGCAACAAAAUCGUUUCGAUAGUCAAAUCACACGGGGCUCUCUGCACUACCUUGGUAUCCGUGGGGAUGAAAACAAAAGCAUCAACAAGGAAACAGUGACCAUGUGGAACGAUUGCACCGAUUUCUCCGCACUUCGUACUCUCCGGAUCACAAGUCCUCUGCGCUACCAGGCUUUGGAGUUCCUGGCCAAGGACUGCAGCUUCGCAUCCCUUGAAUCACUAGAACUGAACUUGUCACUGUUCGCUACCCGCCUCGCAUGGCGCCUCGGUCAAUAUGAUACCCCCGAGACUCGCUUUUUAUGCAGCCUUCCCCCUCUAUCUACCUUGACCCUUCACAACUGGAACAGCAAAUACCCCCUCGAGGGCUUUCUUCCUCAUCAUGGAAGUCAUUUAACCAAACUUGUCAUUUCAACCGGCAAGAAUGCACAGCUUUCGCCAUGCGAUCUCAAACUCAUCAGUGAAUACUGUCCAAAUCUCCAAGAACUCGAAGUCACCCUACAUCGCACUCAAGGAGACGCCACCGAGGUUGAAUGUUACCGCAAUCUUGGUGGCCUUCCGCAACUUCGCAAUCUCAUGAUUAAGUUGGACGUGACAAGUAUCAAGCUAUGUAACUCAAGCUACGGAGGCACCGAGACACCUACUGGCUCCAAAUGCGUUACCACUGCUCCUGAUGCCUUAUUUGACGAAUUUGAUAUGGAGCCUUGCGUGAGACGAACAAAGUUCACACCCCGUGGAUGUCUAUACCGCAAUGGCGACAUCCGUGAGAUAUUGAUUAAUCAUGCCAUCGAUGAAAAUCUGGCAAAAGAGAUAUUCGAAACCAUUCAAAGCAGUAAGAAGCCCGGGACUGAGCCACUUCAAUUCGUGGACGUCUCUUGUGUUGGAACAGUUGGUCUGAAGAAACACCAUACGGGUUCAGUUUGGCGUUUUCCACACCAAGCGCUGCUUUCUGCUCUGGAGAGACCAUGGCGUGUCACUCGUCUUUCCACAGGAAAGCUAGGAGUGGAAGGAAUGCAGUCUAUGAACCUCAAAGCAGAUGGAGGUGAUCGCCCGCUUCCAGCCUGGCUGGAAAGACCAUUCAGGCGUAUUUGGCCACAUGAGCGGGAGCGGAGCAGCUGGUUGGCGGAUUGGCAUAGCCUUCCACUUUGCAUGGCUUGA